CGGAGCAUGCGUGGCAGCCCUAGCGGGCACGGCGGCGGCAGCGACGCUCCCCAGUCGUUGCUGCCUUGCCCGGCCAGCCUGGUCCCUCGGCGCGGCUCCGCCGGGGCGUGGUCUGCUCCGGGGCCCUGCCUGCCGCUCCCUCGCGCGGCGUGAUCCGGCGGCCCGGGCAGGGGAGAUCCCCGCGGGCGCGGCGCAGGAGAGGCCAUGGGGCUGGAGAAGGAGAAGGCCGACACCAAGAUCUUCAUGGACGAGGAGGGCUUCAACCGCAGCAGCAGCCCCGCUCUGUCCGAGGCGGAGAAGAGCCCGGAGGAAACCCGCGACAGGGACCCGCGCGGGCUCAACAGCCACCUGAAGCUCGGCUUCGAGGACGUGAUCGCCGAGCCUGCCUCCACGCACUCCUUUGACAGAGUUUGGAUCUGCAGCCACGCGCUCUUCGAACUCAGCAAGUACCUGAUCUAUAAGCUCCUGACCCUUUUGCUGGCUGUCCCCCUGGCUCUGGUCGCAGGCAUUCUCUUUGCGGUGCUCAGCUGCCUGCAUAUCUGGGUUGUGGUGCCUUUCAUAAAGUCCUGCUUAAUGGUCUUGCCCUCGGUGCAGGCUGUAUGGAAGAGUGUGACGGAUGUUCUCAUUGCACCACUGUUUCACAGCAUAGGAAGAUGUUUUGCGACCAUCAACAUACGCCUUGACCAAGAGUGAACAUCUGGGAUUCAGCGCCACACUUGUCUUCAGUGAUGCUAUCCCUCCUUGCAGACAUAGCAUGGACGUGCUUAACAAUUCAUUCCAAAACUACUACUGCUUAAAUGGCUGACUUGUUUUUCCAGUGGGCUGCACAUUUUCUGGAAAUAAAUCUUGCAGGGGAGGGGAGGAAGAGAUGGACCAUUUGUCCAUUUUAUUGCUAACGGAAGAAUACUAAGAUCUGUUGGGAAUACUUUAUUUUAUCGGUACUUUCAUUGUCUGGCCCUCAUAAUAUUAUAGGGGGCCUUACACGACUACCAUAUCAUGGCCUGUGACUAUGACCAUCCUUUACCUUGGGAUAUUUUGCUGCUCUAAAUCCUAAUUACAGGCCAUCACCAGGCAUUGUGGUAACUAAAUCCCUAGAUAUUAUCUUACUCGAUUUCCUUGAAAAUUGUAUCAGAAAUAGACAUGCCCUCUUUUUUCAGUGUUACACUCUACAACUGAACCUCAGAAUUUCAGAUGCCUCCAGAGGAUAUAUCGUUACCUCUUGGAAUACUUGCUUUUUCUGAAUCCUAACAUUCAAGCCGCGCAAGUCCCUAACCAGCUAGCGCCUGUACAACUUAUCCGCUGCUUGCAUAACCCAGCAGCACCCCAAUGCCCCAGCAGUUCUGCUUUCCUAAAUCCAAGGCUUUCCUAUGGUGCAAAAACUCCCAAGUGCUCUUGUCAAGACCAGGCUGGAACUAUAGGCAGCUGCAUCUUGGAAACAGGCUCAGAAUGGGUGUUCUCAUAGCCAGGAACCAGCUAUCAUUUUGGGUUUUCAGCUGAAACCCGGAAAGCAACAAGCAGUAGACCAUUCCUUAUUAACCAGGCAAGGGCAGUGUGCCAGGCUCCUAAUGUUCACACCAAGUGACCACUCCAGAAGCCCACUGGAGCCAGUGUUGUGCAUCCCUCCUUUCUGCGCAGGAGCUCUGGGACCUCUGUUUCCAAACUUCUGCCAAUAGUUUCCUAGUUCACGCACUAGAACUGAACACCAUGCAAGUGCAUUUCGAGGCAUGCUAGGAGAUCUUUUUCAACAGAGGAAUGCAAGACCAUUCCAGUAAGUAAGGAGGCCUUGCUCAGUACUUCUGCAUGCAGUUCAGACUGCAUGCAGGGUUCUGGACUGGGCUGACAAAGCACCAUCUUUAUAAUAUCUUGCCUCAGAAUGGCCCCUCCUUGCUUCAUUUGUUUGGGUAUAUUUAUGAGAGGCGUUUUUUUAAAAAAAUUGUGUCGCUCUUGGGAUUCUAUGAGGUUCUGUUGUAGGAAAUGUAGGCACAGUUUGGGCUCCAAAGAGCUAUGCAUAAAAGUUUAUACCAAACUAUAAAGAAAGGGAAUAAAAUGCCUUUGACUACUGCAUAAAGCCCCAUUGCUCAAAAAGCAAAAUGGGUUUCUCCAAAAUACGGUCUUCAAAAAUAAAACAAAAUGAUUGGUUUGAGGCAGGUAGUAAGCUUUAUUUUGCUUUAUUUAAUGAAACUUUUGAUUUUGCUGUAUAUAUUGUUUGUAUAUACAUAAUAUUGUUAAUGGGUUUCACUGAUGCUUUAUUUUUACAUUCUUGCCAAACUAAAGAUUUUUGCUGCUGGCAGUCUCUGCUCUGAUGAACUUCUACUAUGCAGAAAAGGGCUAUCCCAUGCAUGCACUAGGUUUCUAGACACAGAAAAAAGGACAGAGCUUCUUGGAUGUAUUCUGCACCCAGAGCCUGAUACAGAGUCCCACUGUGCCGGCAGCCCCAUUACGCAAAGAGGGAAGGUGCCUCCAGAUGUGCAUGAUCAGGCAGAUGUGGAAGCGGGUGUGGCUCAAAUGGGCUAUUCCUCUUGGAUCUCAGCAGUGUGUCUUCUCCACAACUGUAUGUGGAUCCAGUCAGAUCCAUCUGUGGCUGGCAUGCUUUUCCUUGUGCAACUUCUAUGCACAAAGAUGUUGGCAUGCAGCACCAUGGAGCACAUGAACAUCUCUGCAGUGCACUAAAUUGUUUUUUUAGAAGAGUGGGUUUUGUCUAAAUAAUCCAAGAAUGUGUUGAAGUAUUGCCAUGCAAUUCAAAAUCUACCAUUUUGUUUUAAAUUCCACUUUUAAUACUCAAGUAGCAUACAACAAACUAUGCAAGAUUCUGAAAUAUGUACUUCUAAAAAUAUUUUUAUUAAAGUUCAUCUGUAGUAGAUUCAAGAUUUCUUGCCUUUGUACCUUAUGAACAAUUCUUUUAAUAAUUUACAUAAUAAAUAUUUUACUGACAUUUUAA